AUGUCCCCUCCAGCACACGCAUCCAAUAAAGCCUGGUGCCAGGGGGACGGGCUGUCGCUGGAGAGCCUGCUGACCAACAAGAGGUGCAAGUGCAUCAAAUCGACCGCCCAGGUCAUCAGCUUGGGGCUGAUCCUCGCCAUCGACGUUACGCCGCCGGGUAUCCACUGCAGGAGGAAGGAGAUCAUCCUGUCCCUGACGAGGAGCAGGAAGGUGUGCGUGGCCCCCGAGGCGCCCUGGAUCCAGCUGCUCAUCCACAAGCUGACGCAGAGGAAUGGCAGCAGGAAGGAGGCGGCGGCGCGGUCGCGGAGGGAUGCGGAGAGGCGGCCGCUGGCCCCCUGACAGGGCCCGGACCCCCUCCCCAGCACCCCCCGCCUCUGCCCCUGCCCCGCUACGAUGAGAAAUAGAUGAGCAAUAACCAGCCGCGGUUAUUUAUCCGCCCCUGGGGACAGCAGUGGUGUCACCGCCCCGCGCCCCUGCUGCUUCCCACCGCUGCCCCUUGUUCCAGCGGCCCCGCUGCUCCCAUGCAUGCUGCCAGCCCGCCCCGGGUGCUGCUCAAUAAAAGCAUGAACGCGCUCUCC